AUGUACAGUAUGGGUAAAACUCACCGACAGCCUCAACAACACCAGACAGCUUUCCUUCAGCUGAUGAGACAGCAUCAGCCGCAUUUUGUCUUGCUUUCGUUACCGCAUGAGCCGCUUUGUCGACACCGCUCUUCACUGUUUCGGCAACAUCGUUUUCCACCUGUAAGUCAUUGUGUUUCUUUCUGUUGCAAGUAUAAAGAUAAACCCGAAUUCAAUAGAAAAAUUGUAUAA